ACAAAAUAAGCAAACACACUGUAUAAGGUAUAAUUUUUCAUCACAGGAAUUUUAGUGAUAAUGUGAACAUCCGCUGCAUACACAACAAUGAAUCCAUCGGGAAAGAAUGACAGAACAUUGCCAGAAAUCGAACAGACAGCCCUUGCAGCCUUUUCACCAUAGCCAAAAGAAGCUAAGUGGAACAUCACUUAUGCUCUUUGACAUGGAACAACGGUUUGUGUACAAAAUUAUACCAGAGUACAACCAAUCAGAAGCUGUCUUCUAUAGUCUGGUUAAUGGCAAACCCCUAAAUCACGAUUCAAUGAAUUAUAGAUAUCUAAAGGAUAGUGUAAGAUAUCCUGAGGAGCUCUGCAGGCAUAAUAUUUUACCAAAUUACUACGGCGUGGUCAAUGUUAAAGCAGAAUGCAUAACACCAGAACCAAGCACGGACAAAAUUUCCCAAGAUUCUAACUACUUUGAGAUAGAAGAAGAUACAGGAUCAUCCAAUGAUGUAUUCGGAGCCAUCAAGCUAGAGAACCUCCUACAUGGAUACAGGCGCCCGGCCAUCAUAGACGUUAAGCUGGGUAUUCACAAUGCACUGGACAAUGCACAAUACAAUGGCAUAACCGCAGAAGAGCGCAUAGCAUGCGUAAAACUCUGGCAAAACUUGAAGAUGUCAUACAAAGCAGAGAAUAGCGGAAUAAAACGCCUAUAUAAUAUUACAGCAAAAGACUUAGGACUUGGUGAACCAUUCACGCGAAUGCACCCUACAGAACUGCAUUCACUUCUCAAGUCAUGGAGGCAGCAUAUAGUAGCCUCCCAAACUACCGAAAAUGAACUAGGUUUCAGGAUAUGUUCCAUAAGCAUAGACACUGAUAAAGGACCCUUAGAAAUAACAGCUACACAGGCAAAACAGUUAAAAAAGGAAGAGACAGUAUCCAUUUUACAAGAAGUACUACACAAAGUAGACAAUGUACGUAAAUGCGUAGUCAACGCACUAGUGAAAAUCAAAGAAUGGGUAAUGCUCCAGGAUAUGCUGUCGUUCGCAGCAACGUCAUUACUCAUAACAUAUGAUCAGAAUAAUCCAGCAUUGUGCAAGGUUAGGUGGGUCGAUUUUACACAUGUGGAGAGCGUCAAGCAUUCUCCAUACCCAGUACUACCAAACCCAUCAAACAUGAUUAAAGGAAUUGACCACCUUCUUAGCAUUUGUGAAAAUGCAACUAAAUAA